UUCCCUGUUGUAGAAGGGCUACCCCUGACACCGUAAGUCUACCCUGUUGUAGAAUGGCUACCCCCGACACGGUACAGUCUACCCUGUUGUAGAAGGGCUACCCCUGACACGGUACAGUCUACCCUGUUGUAGAAGGGCUACCGCCGACACUGUACAGUCUACCCUGUUGUAGAAGGGCUACGCCUGACACAUAACAGUCCACCCUGUUGUAGAAGGGCUACCCCCGACACGGUACAGUCUACCCUGUUGUUGAAGGGCUACCCCCGACACGGUACAGUCUAUCCUGUUGUGGAAGGGCUACCCCCGACACGGUACAGUCUACCCUGUUGUUGAAGGGCUACCCCCGACACGGUACAGUCUAUCCUGUUGUGGAAGGGCUACUCCUGACACUGUACAGUCCACCCUGUUGUGGAAGGGCUACCCCCGACACUGUACAGUCCACCCUGUUGUAGAAGGGCUACCCCCGACACGGUACAGUCCACCCUGUUGUAGAAGGGCUACCCCCGACACGGUACAGUCCACCCUGUUGUAGAAGGGCUACCCCCGACACGGUACAGUCUACCCUGUUGUUGAAGGGCUACUCCUGACACGGUACAGUCCACCCUGUUGUUGAAGGGCUACCCCCGACACGGUACAGUCUACCCUGUUGUUGAAGGGCUACCCCCGACACGGUACAGUCUAUCCUGUUGUGGAAGGGCUACUCCUGACACUGUACAGUCCACCCUGCUGUGGAAGGGCUACCCCGACACUGUACAGUCCACCCUGCUGUGGAAGGGCUACUCCUGACACGGUAAAGUCUACCCUGUUGUGGAAGGGCUACUCCUGACACUGUACAGUCCACCCUGUUGUGGAAGGGCUACCCCCGUCACGGUACACUGCACCCAGGAUACAAGGGGUACUCUGUCUUGGUGUGUCUACUCAGUUGUUUGUAUUAAAACAAUAUGUACCUUGAAAGAUCAUCGUUUAUACUGUUUCAGCUGUUUGACUUUACCCAAAUCGUCAAAAAUCACAUUCAAAUAAGUGGUAUAAUCUGAAGUCGCGCUUAUACCGUGUUUACGAGAAUAUUUUUGAUAAUGAUAGCAAUUUGUUAUUUCUGAGAAAAUAGGUCUUGUGUACGAGGAUGAACCUUUGAGGGAUGGCGGAUUCCAAGAGAAAUGAGACGUCAGGAGUGGCGACAGAAGAGAGUCUACAAACGGAUGCAGUGAUAGACUCUAUGACAGACGGCAUAUCCCCGACUGUUGUCCACUCUAAAGCCACGGCAGUGGGAGAGCCGUGUGAUGACUCCAGAGUGUCACCUCAUGAUGUCUGUGGAGCGACCACACCGAAACAGGUUGUUGACAGCACUGGGGGCCAGGGAUCAUCAGUGCCAGCCCCCACGGAGGAGUCUACAGUCCCCAAACAGGCUGCAGAUAGUGGAGGGAGCAUACCCAGUUCCAGGUGUGCCAGAGAUGAGAUGAGUCAAACAGCACCAAGGGCAACGCAGGUCUCCACGAAUCCCCCAACUCCCAUGACCAUUUCCAUGAUUGGCUGCACAAACAUACAACUUGAACUGGCCACAGGUACUGAAGGAAGGCAACUGCAAACCAAGGCAACACCCACCUACAGACCAAAUUGUCAUCUGACUAAAGGGGAGCCGCUCAGCAUAGUUCUUGUUGGCAAAACGGGUAAUGGAAAAAGUGCAACAGGAAAUACUAUUUUCGGGAAAAAUCAACUUUUCAAGUCUUCUCCUGGAUCAAAAUCUCUGACAAAGAAGUGCCAACUUGAACACGGACUUAUAGCAGGACGAGAAAUAUACCUGGUUGAUACACCUGGUAAUAUGGAUACGAGACAUCCGAAAGAAUGCUUGCAGGAGAUAGGAUCUGCUAUUUACCUGUGUCCGGAUGGGUAUGAUGCUGUUCUACUCAUUCUCAAAUUUGGUAACCGUAUGACAGAGGAAGAAAGAAAAGCUGUCCGUGAAAUACGGAAGCUCUUUGGACAGGACAUAUUCUCCAAACAUGUUGUGAUCGUGUUCACAUAUGGAGAUAAUUAUGACAGCGAAGAACCAUUUGAAGAUUUCAUUUUCGAAGAUGCUGAAGACUUCUUAAAGAAUCUUAUCACUGAGUGCAAACAUCGGGUUGUACUUUUCAACAACAAAUUCAAAUACUUGGAGGCUGAAGAGGAAUCUUUCCAUCAGGUAUCAAAACUAAUGGAAAUCAUUGACUAUCUCAGGAGAUGCAACAAUGGUAGGAAGUACAAUAACGAUUUUUUUAAAGAUGCAAAAGAGUUGCAUAUGGGAAUAGAGGAGACUGACAAGUCACUGCGCAAGCAGCUGUGUAUAGAACAAGCAGAGCUUGACAAACAGUUACAGACUGAUCAAAAAGACAAACUGCAGAAAGAAAAGGCUGAGAGCUUAAGUAGAAUGAGAGAGAUAAAAGAGCAACAGUUGUUAAAGGCUGAACACUUUGGGAGAAAGUUGAAUGAUAUCGUGACGAAAGAAAGAAAUGAAUCUGAAACAAAGUUGAGGGAGUCAUUAUCGAUACACAUGGAACAAUGGCAAAAGGUUUGGGUCCAAGAAGUUGAAAACAUUUGUGAAAACAACGAAAAACAGUUCUCUGCAUCAUUGGAGAAGGACCAGGAACUGAAAUUAGAACUGAAUACAGACGAUGACAUGAGAACUUCAGAGAGUGACCUUGCAGAAAUAUUUGAAUCUGAUGCUGAGAAUGAUGGAAGUUUGAAAGAAUGUUGGAAUGAGUUCAGGGAGAAACUAAAUGAAAAGAAGAAAUCCAACAUAAUGAUAUGGGAGAAUAAGGUAUCCGAGGUGCUUGGCAAAAGGAUUAAAAGUCUUAGGGGUUUCACAAAGAAUACAGUUUCAGAAUUUGAGAACGAGUGGUUAAAGGAAAUGGAAGAGAGAAGAGCUGAACAUCUUUCAACCAGUGACAAGGUCAUUUCUGAACUGAAAGAAGUUGCCAUACAGAAGGUGAAGGAAAUGUUUGAGGCUAAAACACAUCUGGAUAACUGGAGGGACGAAAUGGACACUGUCCAGGACAGCGAGGAGCUUCUAUGGAGAAACAGCAUUACUGAUAUUCUUUCUGAAAGAAAAAGGCAAUUUGAAGAAAUGAUCCAUAAAAUAAGACAACAGAAUGAGGAAGAUUGGCAGAAGAAGCUUGAUGCUAAAUGGAAUGAAAAAUAUGAAGAAACACACCAAUCACUGGUUCUCGAGAAAUCCUACCGAGAAAGGAAGUGGAAGCUUGACACCCAAAAAGAAAUUGGAUCACAUGUUACUGAGAUACAGGCUAAGUUCAAGAAAGAAGAGAAGAUAAGACAGAUUGAUGACAUCAUGAAACAUGCCGAAAAAGAAAUUUUGAAUCAUGGGACGUUUCUACUUCAGAGACUGUCAGAAACAUUGACAAGAAGAGGCGCCACCAGUCAAGAAACAUGGGAUGAGAACAUCGCAAACCUGACGCAUCUUUUGAUGAAUGUGAUGAAUGGGGAUGGAUGGCAGCGGUCAAUGAUGCAGAACAUUGAGGAACAAAGACAUACAUCUAUGAACAGAUGGAGAAAUACAACAAGGACCACUGUUGAAAGUCAGGCGAGAGAUUUCAAACAUCGUUUAAAUAAAAUUUACCUCGUCGCAAACGAAAAGUGGACACAAACAUUGAAAGAAACGAUGAUGAAACAAAGUCAUUCUUGGGAACAAAAACUGCACCAGUUAAGUCAAGGAUAUGCCGAAGUUGUGGAAAAACAGAUUGAUGAAACACUCAAAAAGAAAAUUUCAAAGCGGAACACUUUGCUACAUGACUGGACUGAUUUUGAAGAGAAAUGGAGUUCUAAAGUAGAAAAUAUCAGGUAUAAAUUUGAACUAAAGUGGAAAGAAAUGAUAAAGCCACUUUCCAGAAAUGUUGAUUUUAGGAUCUGCGAGGAAGAUAUCAUCAGAGUGAAACAGACUUUUGAGGAGACGAUGUACAUCAAGCGAAACGACCAAGAACAUGCAUGGCUGACAGAAGAACAAAAGCUGUUUGAGAGCAUGACAGACAACUUUAGGAGGAAUCUGUCACACAAACAUUGCUCUCAGGAGGAGCAAAACAAUAAACACAUGGAUGCUGAAGUUCUCAAGCACACAAUAGCCUUUAGAAGAGAGAUGGAUAUAUAUGUUGAUGACGUAUACAAAUACUGGCAAGACGUAUUUGAUGAUGGAAUGAAGAGGAAACUCAGGGACAUUAGAGGUGUAGUUGGGAGGCACCAGGCAGCCAACAUGCAGUCAUGGAAAGAGGAAGCUCAAAGGGAAAUCCUUGACAUUAUAUCCAAGUGGAAUCAGGAAAUGACGGAUAUACUAACACACAGGGAAAAUGAGUGGAAUAGGCCCAUGAAACAGCUGAGGUUAGAGAAGGAAUGGCAACUGAUGAUAGAGCUCAGGACCUUGCAAGCCAUCUUCAGAAGAGAGAUGGAAACUAUCACCCGGGAAGAGCUGAUGGCAUCACACCAGCAAGUUAAUCAAAUUCUUAAAACAAAACGCCACAGGUUGGAGGUGAAUUGGAAUGAGGAUAAUAUAAUGGCUCUCAAUUUGAUGAUGACGAAUGCUCUUGACAGAGCCAAGUUCGCUUCAGAGGAGAUGAUGCAAGAGACUAUGAAUGAAAUUAUUCAUCAGAGAAAACUUGAAGAACAGGGAUGUGAACUGAUGAUAAAAUCUGAACGGCUGAUCAGUCAAAAGAAGCAGCUAGACGAGGCAUGUCUUGUACAUUUUGGCAAAAAGUUUGCAGAAAUGAAUGCUUGCUUCCCGGUCGAGUCCUUGGUACAAUUAUUCACAGGACAAAUUGUUUCCUUAUCAGAAGUCAACAUAGGUGACAAACUCCUUUGCUAUGAUGGAAAUGGCAUGCCUGUGUACAGCCCUGUGUAUCGGUUUGGCCACAGACAGCAAUACGGACACAACACGUUUAUGGAGAUAUCCACAAAAUCAAGGAUAUUGAAGGUUUCUCCAAAUCACCAUGUCCACAUUGGAAAAUCUGUCUGCAGGAAAAGCACUAAAGCUGCAAUAGCUUUAGAAGCUGGUGAAACUGCUCUAGUGUUAGGGGAGGACGGCAUUCUGGUACCAGAGGAGGUUCUUUCUGUCAGUUUGACAAGCGGAAGAGGUCUAUAUGCCCCCUAUACACUGUGUGGUACCCUAGUGGUGGAUGGUGUGCUUGCUUCCUGCUAUGUGGAUCGUGUUACACCUCUUCUAGCACAUUGGCUACUGGCACCUGUUAGAGUUUGGUACAGACUGUUUACUCUAGGUGCUUCUAAUAUUGCAACGAAGAAGAGUCCUGAAAAUAUUCCAUUCCUGAAAGUGCUUGGACCCCGAGAGGUCUCUGUUCCAUUGGAGAAGAGAGAAUUUUCUGAAAAAAGAAAGAUGCCUAAUGAUAGCAAGUCCUCUUGACGUCUUGGAAGGUUCGGAGGGCUAAACUAAUCUGUGUUCUUGCCAGCAUGUGAAAUCCGUUUGUAUUAAAAUUGACUCUGACAAUCUCUCAAAUGACACAAAACUGUGUCUAAGGUACGAUUGUAUUCCAUUUCAUGUGAUCUCGUUGGUUUGAUGGCAGUUGUAUUGUUGUUAUUACAAUUUUAAGGGGUUGUUAUUUGUUUUAGUAUUAGUAUAAAAAGUAUUACUUUGUUAGUAUUUUGCGCACCUAAAGUGUCGAUAUUCCCCGGUGUACACUAACACGGCAGCCAACAGAUUACCAGCCAACAAUGUUUAAUGUGUCCGGUCAGGAUUGUCUUGUCUUAUUUUAAUUUAUAUGAAGAUAAACCUUUUACAACUAUAUUACGUAAGUUUACUUCAGGAAGUCCAACACUUUUAAAAGUAUAUUUCGAACGCUGAUAGCUGUCAUGCAGUAUAUGCAGUUUCUUCAUCAGCUUCACUGUAUCAGUAAAACUGAGGCUUCUUAUUUUACUCAAAUACACAUUUCACAGUACAGUUCAAUUGUGGGGCGUAAUAUCUGGAGUCUGCAAUCAUUUUCGUUUUAAUAAUUUUGAAUAUGACAUAACCUGUGAAUGCACGUCAGUAUUGUAUUUCUCGAAACAUGCAUCUACAUGUAGACCUGUUCAGUUGAAAUAAACCAUACCCAGUGUU